AUGGAAAACAGACCAGCUUCACCCACUCAGGAGUACAGUUCUCCUAAGACUGAGAGCGACGAGCGCACACCCGUUGUGCAGUCCCAAGAAGACCAAAUAGAUCGUGAAUCAAGCAGCAGUGAUGUGCCACUCCGCCAACAGCGCCCUCGUCGAGCACCGACGCGAGAGCGCAAAGACAGCACCGAUCUCCAAGGCCACCUCCGACUCCAAAGCCACGUACACGACUCGAACAAUACCUCCCUGCUUGAAGAGCGGCGCGCGGAACAUAAAGCCACACUUCGCAGCCCCGCUAAGGCAGCGCCAAAGUCAUGCGGUAAGGUAUUGAAGAAGCCCGGGCCGCGUCCAUGGGCAAGCAAGCCGAUCAUGAAAAAUGACAUGGCGGCUAAGAAGGAGGUGAUCCGUGAGAUCGAGGUCUACUGGGGCAAGGGCUUCAUCAAGGCAUACAUCCCAAAAUGCCAUCGACCGCUUGUCAAGCGUGGUAAGCGCGGUAAGCGCGUCAUGUACCGUGACCAUGAGAGCGAUCCGAAAAAGUGGCUGCCUUCUGUGCUGAAGGCCGUUCUCAUGAUCGCCAGACUUACCAACAAAAAGGCCUGGCUGAAGAAGGCGAUGAAUGAUGUCGUUCGGUACCGUAUCAAAAACACAGGCAACCGAAAGCCUCAGCUGGUGACCACUGAUUUUGAUGUCAUCGAGGACUUGCUCGUCAAGGACUGGGAUGUUGCGUACAGCUUUGAGAUUCGUUACAAGCAUCUGCUCGUAAACCGUCAGGGCCAGCAAGAGACUGACGAAGAUAUUGAUCACAUCCUUGCAGUAGACUCUGGCCAGGAAGAUGUUAGCAAUAACGAAAACGACAUCGAGAGUGAUCAUAGCAACGACGAUAACGAUGAUGAUGUUGAAGAUGUGGAUGAGUCUGACGACGAGAAGGGCCGAGGCGGUCUGACAAGUCGGUAUCUCCACGCAAGCGGCUACACCAACGGGCCGCAAAACUCACUCCCUUACUUCGCACCUGGACCGCUACCGAAACACCAAAAGACCAAACAAGAUAAGAGCCCUGGCCGUAUGCCUGAACUGCCGUCACGACCACAACCGCCUUCUGUCAACAAGGGGAACCAGCAGGGGUAUGGUCAGCCUUACCCUUAUGGCCCGCCUGUGAAUCAGUGGGGCCAACCCAUGCCAUAUGCUGGAUAUGGUGGGUAUGGCGGUUACGGCAUGUACGGUGGCUACGGUGACUACGGACCGCCCCAAGAACAUAAUGCACGCCAUCCUUCUCAGCCGCCAGGCUUCCCUGAGAUGAAUCAGUAUCCACCUUUCGGCCAUGCGAUCACCCCUGCCCCUGGCCAGCCAGGCAACGACCGCGCCGACGGUAGGCGCGUGGAAGCUUCCCCGUUCAGUGGCCACAGACGCACGCAAGGAGGCAUCGAGCAGUCUUCUUUCAACAUGAGUCGCCCUGGAUUCAUGCCCUACCGCUACCCGCAGAACAUUCAAGGUAGUGAGCCUGAGGUCAAGCAAGAAUCGACCGAGUUCGAGAGGCGUGAGAUGUCUACGGACGAGAUUGAAGACCCUACUGACGAUGUUGGCGAAGACGAUAACGCUGCCGCCGUAGAGGCAGAGCUGCGGGCUACCGAGCUUGAGCUGAAGGUCGCUCGACUUCAGGCCAGGCGAGCUGCCAUGAACCAGCAGUCAAAGGCCAAAUAA